CGCAGGCCACAUGAAUAGAGGUCGUAAAGAAAUUAGCUGUGUUGUCACAGAACACAGACGAAAUUGACAACGCCGGCUGCAAGUCUGUCCAGUUUCAAAUGGCUGUUCUUCAGUCAAACAGGGAGAGAAAACUCAAGCUUCAAGAUCUCAACUCGUUUAUUACAUGCGAAAUUUGCAGAGGAUAUUUGAUCAAGCCGACAACGAUCACAGAAUGUCUUCACACAUUCUGCAGAUCGUGUAUUGUGAAGUACUUGCAAGAUAGCGAAGACAAUAAGUGUCCAGCUUGCUCGAUUCUCAUUCAUGAAACAAAUCCAUUUGAGAUGCUCAGGUCAGACCAAACACUUGAAGACGUUAUCUAUAAACUUGUUCCCAAACUUCAAGAAAAUGAGCAGAAGAGGGAAAAAGAAUUUAAUGAACAACACAACUCUGAAGAAGAAAAGAAAUCAAAGAAAGAACCUAAAGACAACAGAGAGACAGCCCCUGAUUCAAAAACUGACGAGCCAGCGAGUAAGCGAGUGAAGCUGUCAGCAGAGGAUCAAGAUAGCAAAGAAAACUAUCACCGGGAUGACCCACAGAUUGGAGUCUGUCUGGAAUGUCUGAGUGACAACUCAGUUCAAGAGCAGCCCGUGAGAGAACUGGUACGAAAAUACAUCCGCUGUUCAUCACGACUGACAAUAGCACAAGUCAAGAAAUUCCUGAAAGUCAAACUUGAUCUUAGAACCGCUGACCAGGUUGAAGUGAUGUGUAACGGAGAGAUCAUGGGUAAAGAUCACACACUGGAGUUUGUGUACAUGACAAGAUGGAGGGUGAAGGAGGGAACUGUCCUCACUCUCCAGUACAGACCAAGAAUGGAUUUCCUUUGAGUGCAGUUCCCAGGAGGCAGCGAGCGCUCACAAGACUGAUGACUACCAAGUGCAGCUCACGACAGCUAUCUAUUGCGACAGUGUAAAUAGAAGUUAAUAUAUUUAUUAAGAGAGAAAGAGAGAUAUUGUACACAGUACGUCAAGAAUGAUGUAGUUAUAAGAAUAUUAGUAAGAAUUUAAAAUUUGGCAGUUACCACUCUAGACACGGACAAUCCGGAUACGAAAACACAAGGAAAACAGUAUGAUGCUAACCUUAGACGGAUAAUCCGUCUGAAGGAUUUUGAGCAUGGAUCAUCAAUGUAAGACGGAUAAUUCGUCUUGAAUUAACGCCAGGAGGGAUAAACUCAAAUGCUCAUCUUGUCCUGAAAAAUCUGGGACUAGAAACAGCGCAUUGACACAUGGCGCCUAAGGUGCAAAGAGAAAGGGGCAAAGAAACAAGUACACAUCUAGAGAGAGGAUGAAGUCUUCCUUUUCGCAAUCGUUUUGUCUUUCUGAAAGGCAGAGACAAACCCUAGACUCUUGUCCAGGAAACUGUAGCUUUGAAGAAGACUGUCCUAGCAACACAUCACUAGCUGCACAAUACAAGAAGUGUUGGCCCUUAUGCGUUUCAAGAGAUGGACUUCGCGAACCUCUUCGAAAGAAUAUUGAAUUGUCUACAAGUUUUCGUUUUCUCUUGGUUGAAAUGAGAAAGCACAGGAUGGUCACCAUAUUCAGAGUUGUGGAACUGUUCAAACCCAUGUGUGAAUCAGAGAUGAGAAAAACUCGAAGAGUUUAUUCGUCUCAAUUUCACAUCAAGACGGAUUAUCCACCCGACGGAUUGUCCGUCUUGACGGAUUAUCGGUCUCUAGUUUGAAAACAGCCAAUGAGAUGCAGAGUAACUAACUCUCGUGUGAUUGCACGCUCAGGCUUGCCUUAUUCUCUAUUUUCCAUUUCCCCAUAAUUCACUCUGUUUGCCCCACCCCCCUUCCCCCUCCCCCUCAAUUUUGCUUAAACUUAUGUUGUCAAAUGCUCUUGGGAAUAUGCGCAGACCUCCCAAGAGCAUUUAAAAAUAAUAGUUUAUGCAAAAUUUGGGGACCAAACACAGUGAAUUAUGGGGAAUUGGAAAAUACAGAAUGGACUGUAAUCGUGCGACGAAGGUGCGGAAUGGCAUCACGCGAGUAGAACAAAAUUUUAAAAUGUUAAGAGAUCUUUUACGAUAUAAGCAAGUAAGCAAUUACGUGCGAUACACAACUUACAAACAUUGCUUUUGUAUGCGAUUUAUAGCAGAACAACUUAGUAAUAAAACUACAUUAAAACAAUAAA